AUGAUGAAUGCUUUGCUAGUAAGUUCUGGAGCACCCCAGAAUUUGUGGGGGGAAGCUUUACUUUCUGCUAACUACAUUCUCAACAAAUUGCCUCAUAAAAAGUUAGACAAGACACCUUAUGAGUUAUGGAAAGGUCACAAGCCUUCCUAUAAAUACUUGAAAGUGUGGGGGUGUCUAGCUAAAGUUGCAGUUCCAACCCCUAAAAAGGUUAAGAUUGGACCAAAAACUAUUGACUGUAUCUUUAUCGGUUAUGCCAACAGUAGUGCAUAUCGUUUCCUUGUACACAAGUCUGAUAUAUUAGAUGUACAUGUGAAUACGAUUAUUGAAUCAAGGAAUGCAUCUUUCUUUGAAAAUGUAUUUCCUUAUAAAGAUGCACAAGAAAGAAAUACACGUAAAAGAACCUAUGAUACUGUUAAUAGCAAUAGCCAAGAAGGUCAUCAAGAAAAUAUAGACCAAGAGACUGCUGAACAAGAACCUGAACAUGAACCCAGGCGUAGUAAGAGAGCUAAGACAACCAAAUCCUUUGGUCAUGAGUUUCUAACUUAUUUGUUAGAAAAUGAGCCUCAAACUUACAAAGAAGACAUGACUUCUCCUGAAGCUCCUUUAUGGAAAGAGGCUAUUAAUGCCGAAGUUGAAUCCAUCAUGCAGAAUCACACUUGGGAACUUGUGGAUCUUCCUCCUGGAAAUAAACCCUUGGGUUAUAAAUGGAUUUUUAAGAAGAAGAUGAAAGCUGAUGGAUCAAUUGAAAAAUAUAAGGCAAGGCUUGUUGUCAAAGGUUAUAAACAAAAAGAAGGAUUGGAUUACUUUGACACAUAUUCACCAGUUACGAGGAUAACAUCAAUAAGAAUGUUAAUUGCAAUUGCAGCAUUGCAUAAUCUUGAGAUACAUCAAAUGGAUGUGAAAACGGCUUUUCUAAAUGGUGAUUUAGAUGAGGAAAUUUAUAUGGAACAACCUGAAGGGUUUAUUGUUCCUGGACAAGAAAAGAAAGUAUGUAAGCUUGUUAAGUCUUUGUACGGGUUAAAGCAAGCACCAAAACAGUGGCAUAUGAAAUUUGACAAUGCACUAAUGUCAAAUGGUUUCAAGAUCAAUGAGUGUGAUAAAUGUGUUUAUAUGAAAAGCACUCAAGAUGGUUUUGUCAUUAUUUGCCUUUAUGUUGAUGAUACGUUAAUUAUUGGUAGCAAUAUUGGGAUGAUUAAAUCUAACAAGAAAAUGUUGACCAAAAAUUUUGACAUGAAAGAUUUGGGAGUAGCAGAUGUGAUUCUAGGAAUUAAAAUUUCUAGAACAUCUAAUGGACUAGUUUUAUCCCAAUCACAUUAUAUUGAGAAAAUACUUGCGAAGUUUAGCAAGUAUGAUACUAGUCCAGUAAGAACACCUUAUGAUCCAAAUCUUAAUCUUGUGAAGAAUAUAGGUCAUGGCGUAUCACAACUAGAAUAUGCUCGUAUCAUUGGAAGUCUCAUGUAUCUUACGAAUUGCACAAGGCCUAAUAUAGCUUACUCUGUUAAUAGAUUAAGUAGAUACACUAGUAAUCCUGGAAAGGAUCAUUGGAAAGCUAUAGUCAGAAUUCUAAGAUACUUAAGAUACACCAAAAAUGUUGGAUUGCAUUGUACAAGAUAUCCAGUUGUACUUGAAGGAUGUAGUGAUGCUAAUUGGAUAUCUGAUACUAAAGACUCCAAUUCUACAAGUGGAUAUGUCUUUACAAUUGGAGGUGCGGCUAUAUCAUGGAGAUCUACUAAGCAAACUGUUAUAGCUAGAUCUACUAUGGAAUCUGAGUUCAUAGCAUUAGAUAAAGCUGGUGAGGAAGCUGAAUGGCUACGUAAUUUCUUAGAAGAUAUUCCAUGUUGGCCAAAACCAGUGCCUGCUAUAUGUAUACAUUGUGAUAGUCAAUCUACAAUUGCAAGGGCACAAAACAAUAUGUACAACGGCAAGUCUCGACAUAUACGUCGAAGACACAACACCGUUAAGCAACUGCUCUCUAGUGGUAUAAUUACCAUUGACUACAUAAAGUUAAGAGAUAAUUUGGCGGAUCCGUUUACUAAAGGUUUGAACGGAGAGCAAGUUUAUAGAUCAUCGAGGGGAAUGGGGUUAAAGCCCAUGUCAAAUGAGUCGUCAUAG